UUUCGACGCGAGCCACCCCCGUGCGAACGUCGCGGCGCAUCCCGAGAGUUCCCCCCUCUCGGGGUAAUUUCGCAAGAUUUAAUUGCAGAUCGGAGUACGGGCCAGCUGCAAAUCGCUAAUUAUCGAUACCACCCUCGACGAGAUCUUGCCCAUCGAUUGCCCUACUUUUCGAGGGCCUCCGGCCUCGUGACGUCUACGUGACGUCCACUGUGACGUUAUCGACAUGCUGAAGAAGGUCCUCGGCAAGUCCGGAAGAAGGAUCCUGAGGGCAUUCAAGAAGCUCUCGGAGAGAUGUCGGAAGUCGAAAAAGGAACGGGAUGAGAAUUUCGAUGACGUCGCGCGGAUGAAGUGGAUCUCUACCUUGGAGGAUCCUGAUGCCGAAUCCUUGGCAUGGUCUUUGGCAUCCUUCGACGCAAGAAGCGUCGAUACCUUCGUCACGUUCGUCGCAGAAGGCAUGGACGAGUGUCCUCCUUGCUGCUACUGGUGCAUAGAACAUGAGGAGAACCAAAAGAACGAGAACAGAGAAAAUGAGAUGAUCAUUUAACUCAGAGUUCAUUCCCGAGGGGGCCGAAGAAGACGCGGAUGUUUGUUCUGUUUGCUAUUAUCAGCGUGUAAUAGCAGGGGCAGGAGAUAAACGAAGGGCAGAACCGAGGGAACAUAGAAAAUGAUAUGAUUACUCAAAUCCAGGCGCCUUCACGAGGUCGCUGAAGAGGACAUUCAUAUCUCUCUUGUGAAAGUACCUAUCAACGGAUUACCUCUACCUUAUCAAGUGUAUCAAUCAGGACAUGGCACAGAUUGUGUGGACUUAUUUCUUGCAGGACCGUGAAGAAGAAUAAAAGUACUUAUUGUUGUACCUAGCACUUCAGGGUGCCAGAUAUGUGGACACGUAUUAGCCGACUGGAUUACGAUUGUUCUCCUUGCUGAUACCAUUAUCGGGAGCAUCAGAUCUAUGAAGAGACAUUCUACAAGUUGGGUGGUGGGUGACGUGAAAUUUUUCGGAAAAAUAUAUCCUCGAAAUCCAGAAGACCAGGGGUAUCGGGAAUCGACUCCCACCAGUUUAAAAGAAUUCUAUUAGGAAAUGAGAUUCUUCGCGGAGAGGUUCUUCCUUUGGUUCAACUCGGUCAUUUAUCAGUUUUACACCUCGCAAUUGUUAAGCCAGGGAAAUAGAAGGAAAAAAAUUCCCGUGAGCCAUAUCGAUUAGCCUUGCGUCGGGCUAUUUUUACAAGGUGCACCUUUUCCGCGGUUACUUUGUACCGUGGCUUACAUUUCGAUUGUAGGCAUCGACUUCGCUUGUAGUUAGUUUUGCGUUCUUGUGCAAUAGCGACUAAAACGUACAUCAAACGAUCAAAAGUCCACCUUAGGUAAAUUUUUGCAACUUGUGUUCGAACGGUGAAAAGAGGAGGUAUUACAGAUACGAUUUUGUUCCUAUACGUUAAAAACUCGAAUAAGUGGUCUACAGAAGGCAGAAGGCGAAAUCUUUACAGUAGGAUUAGAGUAACAACUUCAACUAAGAGGAGAAAAAAAUAUGCGUACCUAAGUCAAGAUCUACGUAAGAAUAUAAAAACUGAGUGCAUGACACGUGAAUUUACAAACUGCUCAAUAGGGCCUAUCGAGAGACUGACGAAUACUAUAUUCUUCCUACAAGAAUCUUAUGUAAAUAAAAGGAUAUAAGUACUGUUUAAUAGACAGAUAUACGAUGUAUGCGGAGACACUAUGUAAAUAGAUAGUACAAGUCUAAGUAUUAUUAAGGCUGUGAAAUUACGAUUCAAGGUUGUCCGGAAUAAAGAUACGACUGUAACGAGAA